AUGUGUGGGAUUCUCGGGAUCAUCAGCUCAGACACCAACACCAACGUCGCCUCGGAGCUCUUCGACGGCUCGCUCUACCUGCAGCACCGUGGCCAGGACGCUGCCGGUAUCGUCACCUGCGGGCGAGGCGGGCGUCUCUACCAGUGCAAGGGUAAUGGUAUGGCCAGAGACGUGUUCACCCAGGAGAGAAUGAGCAAGUUGGUCGGCAACAUGGGGAUCGCCCACCUGCGGUACCCAACGGCAGGGUCCAGCGCCAACAGCGAGGCCCAGCCCUUCUACGUGAACGCCCCGUACGGAAUCUCCCUGAGCCACAACGGUAACUUGACCAAUGGCGAGGAGCUCAAGAAGUACAUGGACGAGGUCGUGCACAGACACAUCAACACCGACUCGGACUCGGAGUUGCUUCUCAACUUGUUUGCGGCCGAGUUGGCCACCUACGACAAGUCCAGAGUCAACGAAAACGACAUCUUCAAGGCCCUCGAGGGCGUCUACAACAGGGUCCGGGGCGCCUACGCCUGCAUCGCCAUGCUGUCCGGGUACGGCAUCAUCGGCUUCAGAGACCCGCACGGUAUCCGGCCGUUGCUUAUCGGUGAGAGACUCAAAGAUGACGGCCAGAGAGACUACAUGCUUGCGUCCGAAUCCGUCGUCCUCAAAGCCCACGGCUACCAGGUCUACAGAGACAUCCUGCCCGGAGAAGCUGUCAUCAUCAGCAAGGACAAGAUGCUCCCUGUCUUCAAGCAGGUCGUUCCGCUCAAGUCCUACAGUCCAGACAUUUUUGAGUACGUCUACUUUGCCAGACCAGACUCCGUCCUCGACGGUAUUUCCGUCUACCGCUCCCGUUUGUUGAUGGGUGAGAAGUUGGCCCAGAACAUCACAGACUACUACAAGUCCCAGGACAAGAACGUAUUGAACGAGAUUGACGUCGUCAUCCCUGUUCCUGACACCUCCAGACACUCCGCCCUUCAAUGCGCCAUCACCCUCAACCUCCCCUACAGAGAAGGGUUCAUCAAGAACAGAUACGUUGGAAGAACCUUCAUCAUGCCUGACCAGAAACAGAGACAGUCCUCCGUGAGAAGGAAGCUCAACGCCAUGGCCUCAGAGUUUUACGGCAAGUCCGUCCUCUUGGUGGAUGACUCCAUUGUCCGUGGUACAACUUCUCAGGAAAUUGUCAACAUGGCCAGAGAGGCCGGUGCGAAAAGGGUCUUCUUCGCAUCCUGCUCUCCGGUCAUCAGAUACAACCACAUCUACGGUAUCGACUUGGCAGACAACAAGCAGCUUGUGGGCUACAAUAGAACUGAAAACGAAGUCUCCCUCAAGAUCGGCGCCGACCACGUCUUCUACCAGAAAUUGGAGGAUUUGAUCGACUGCUGCCAGAGAGACGACUCCCUCAAGGACCAUGAACGGGAGUUGGCGCUGACUCCAGUCGUGUCCAGAGAUAACUCUAUUAUCUCCAUGAUUGCCAGAAACGACGAAGCUCCUGAGAUAACCGGCUUUGAGGCAGGUGUUUUCACGGGUAAAUACGUCACUGGUGAUGAAACAAGCUAUAUGCUACGUGCAGAACAGGCCAGAGCCCGCAAUGCACGCAGAUCCGAUUCAGGCUCCACUGGCAUGGACAUACUCGACGUGAAAGCUCCUUCUGAAAUUAACAUAUUCAACAGCGGCGACUACUAG